CAUCCCAUAUUUGGUGGAUAAACAACCUUUAUUAGUGGAGGGACGGCUGUUGCAGCUACGGGGCUGCAUCUCUUCAUUCGAUUUAAGUUGAGAGUCAAAGCAAGAUCCUGACUGACCAUCGUUUCCUUUGAACACCAACCAACCCCAGGUUAAAAAAUGGGUGACGCCGCCAUGAAAGAGUUUGGGAUAGCUGCUUCUUAUCUAAGAAAGUCAGACAAGGAGCGUCUGGAGGCCCAGACUCGUCCAUUUGACAUGAAGAAGGAAUGUUUCGUUCCUGACCCACAGGUUGAGUUCGUCAGAGCUUCCAUCACAAGUCGUGACGGUGACAAAGUCACUGCUCAAACUGAAUUUGGAAAGACUGUGACAGUGAAGGAGUGUGAUGUUCACCCUCAAAACCCACCAAAGUUUGAUAAAAUUGAAGACAUGGCGAUGUUCACCUUCCUCCAUGAGCCUGCUGUGUUGUUUAACCUCAAAGAGCGUUAUGCAGCAUGGAUGAUUUAUACCUACUCUGGGCUCUUCUGUGUGACUGUCAACCCCUACAAGUGGCUGCCAGUCUACAACCAAGAGGUGGUUGUUGCCUACAGAGGAAAGAAGAGGAGUGAAGCUCCUCCUCAUAUCUUCUCCAUCUCUGACAAUGCCUACCAGUACAUGCUGACAGACAGAGAAAACCAGUCAAUCCUUAUCACUGGAGAAUCUGGUGCUGGAAAGACUGUAAACACCAAGCGUGUCAUUCAGUACUUUGCCAGCAUUGCUGCUGCUCCGGGUGCGAAGAAAGACCAAGCUGCUGAAAAGAAGGGUACCCUGGAGGAUCAAAUCAUUCAGGCUAACCCUGCUCUGGAGGCCUUUGGGAAUGCCAAGACCAUCAGGAAUGACAACUCCUCCAGAUUUGGUAAAUUUAUCCGCAUUCAUUUUGACAACCGAGGAAAGCUGGCCUCUGCUGAUAUUGAAACUUACCUCCUGGAGAAGUCUCGUGUGACCUUCCAGCUCAAAGCUGAGAGGGACUACCACAUUUUCUACCAGAUCUUGUCUCAGCAAAAGCCAGAACUUCUGGAAAUGUUGCUUAUUACCAACAACCCCUAUGACUACGCCUUCAUCUCCCAAGGAGAGACAACAGUAGCCUCCAUCAAUGAUUCUGAAGAGCUGAUGGCCACUGAUGACGCCUUUGAUGUGCUGGGCUUCACUCAAGAGGAGAAGAAUGGCAUUUACAAGCUGACUGGUGCCAUCAUGCAUCAUGGCAAUAUGAAGUUCAAGCAGAAGCAGCGAGAAGAGCAGGCUGAGGCUGAUGGCACUGAAGUUGCUGACAAAGUUGCAUAUCUGAUGGGCCUGAACUCUGCUGACCUCAUCAAAGGUCUCUGUCACCCAAAAGUCAAAGUAGGAAAUGAGUGGGUCACCAAGGGACAAAAUGUCGCUCAGGUAUACUAUGCGGUGGGUGCACUGUCUAAGGCAGUAUAUGAGAAGAUGUUUCUGUGGAUGGUGGUGAGGAUCAACCAAUCCCUGGACACCAAGCAGCCCCGUCAGUACUUCAUUGGUGUACUGGACAUUGCUGGAUUUGAGAUCUUUGAUUUCAACACCUUUGAGCAGCUGUGUAUCAACUUCACCAAUGAAAAACUGCAACAGUUUUUCAACCACCACAUGUUUGUGCUGGAGCAGGAAGAGUACAAGAAAGAGGGCAUUGAAUGGACUUUCAUAGAUUUUGGGAUGGACUUGCAGGCCUGCAUUGACCUGAUUGAAAAGCCCAUGGGUAUCAUGUCCAUCCUUGAAGAGGAGUGCAUGUUCCCCAAAGCGUCUGAUACCACCUUUAAAGCUAAGCUCUAUGACAACCAUCUGGGGAAAUCUGCCAAUUUCCAGAAGCCCAGAAUUGUCAAAGGGAAACCAGAGGCUCAUUUUGCCCUGAUCCACUAUGCUGGAACUGUUGAUUAUAACAUCAACAACUGGCUGGUGAAGAACAAAGAUCCUCUGAAUGAGACCGUUGUUGCGCUCUACCAGAAGUCUAAUCUCAAGCUGUUAGCCACCCUCUUUGCAAAUUAUGCAGGAGCUGAUUCAGUUGAAAGUGGUGGAAAAGGCAAAGGAGGAAGCAAGAAGAAGGGUUCAUCCUUCCAAACUGUGUCUGCCUUGCACAGGGAGAACCUGAACAAGCUGAUGACCAACUUGAGGUCGACUCACCCUCACUUUGUACGCUGCAUCAUCCCCAAUGAGACCAAGACUCCUGGGGCCAUGGAGAACCCUCUGGUGAUGCACCAGCUGCGCUGUAACGGUGUGCUAGAAGGCAUCAGGAUCUGCAGAAAGGGCUUCCCCAACAGGAUCCUCUAUGGAGAUUUCAAACAGAGAUACCGCAUCUUGAAUCCAAGUGCUAUCCCUGAAGGACAGUUCAUUGAUAACAAAAAAGCUUCAGAGAAGCUUUUGGGCUCCCUGGAUAUAGACCAUACUCAGUACAGACUCGGACACACCAAGGUGUUCUUUAAAGCUGGGCUGCUUGGUCUGCUAGAGGAGAUGAGAGAUGACCGCUUAGCUCUCAUCAUCACCAGGAUCCAGGCAAGGUCACGAGGUGUUCUGGCAAGAAUUGAAUUCCAGAAAAUUGUAGAACGCAGGGACGCACUACUUGUGAUCCAGUGGAACAUCCGUGCCUUCAUGGGGGUCAAAAAUUGGCCCUGGAUGAAGCUGUACUUCAAGAUUAAACCCCUCCUGAAAUCAGCAGAGACUGAAAAGGAGAUGGCCACCAUGAAGGAAGAGUUUGCCAAACUAAAAGAGGCUUACGCAAAAUCUGAAGCUCGCAAAAAAGAACUGGAAGAAAAAAUGGUCUCUCUUCUCCAAGAGAAGAAUGACCUGCAGCUUCAAGUUCAAUCUGAGCAAGAUAAUCUGUGUGAUGCUGAAGAAAGAUGCGAGGGGCUGAUCAAGAGCAAGAUCCAGCUGGAGGCAAAAAUCAAAGAGCUGUCAGAAAGACUAGAGGAUGAGGAGGAGUUGAAUGCUGAACUGACUGCUAAGAAGAGGAAGCUGGAGGAUGAGUGCUCUGAGCUAAAGAAAGACAUUGAUGACUUAGAGUUAACUCUAGCUAAAGUGGAGAAAGAGAAGCACGCCACUGAGAACAAGGUGAAGAACCUGGUCGAAGAGAUGGCUGCUCAGGAUGAAAUCAUUGCUAAAUUGACCAAAGAAAAGAAAGCCUUACAGGAAGCUCAUCAGCAAACACUGGAUGACCUGCAGAGUGAAGAAGACAAAGUCAAUACUCUGACGAAGGCCAAGGUUAAGCUGGAGCAGCAAGUGGAUGAUCUUGAAGGGUCCCUGGAGCAAGAGAAGAAAGUACGCAUGGAUCUUGAGAGAGCAAAACGAAAGCUUGAGGGAGACCUGAAGUUAGCUCAUGAGUGUGUCAUGGACCUGGAAAAUGACAAGCAGCAACUCGAAGAGAGGCUGAAAAAGUAA